AUGCCUCCAAAAAAGUAAAAGACAAUACAACCCUACCAAUAAGAGGAUAAAAUAGAAUAUAUAGAAUAGCAAUAAAAUAAUGUUAAUCAAAUUGUUAAGGAGUGA